AUGAUAUCCAAUUACACUGUCCAUUCCGAAGACGAGUGCUCCUUUGAAUGUAUUCAGAACCCCGGGUGCCUUGGCUACAACUACAGGCCAAAAUCAAAGCAAUAUGAGGUGAAUUGUCAAAUAAGCAAUAAGACAAAAGACGGCGGCAGAGAGCGUGUUGGGAUCAGCACAUGGAUAUUUUACCAGAGCCUAGAAGUUACAUAUUAUGUCAACUCCUAUCUAUCAAAUUCCAACUGUACUCUUAUUGCUCGCUUCUCCAACACAGUUUUCAAAUCUUGGUUAAAGAAUCCCUUCUUUUGGUAUGACAGAAUUACGUAUGGAGAUGUUGAUAAUCCAAUGAGCAUUUCAACCAUGAUUUCGACCGCUUUCUGGCAAAAGAGCGGACAUGAUAUCAAGUUAACUAGAAGUGACGACUCUAGUCACACAGCCUUAUUACGGACUACUUCGAAUUGCCUUCAAAGUCAGACAUUCGGAUCCAAGAUUACAAGUUAUAGAAAUUUUCGUAAUCACAGCGUUUGGGCAAGUGACAAGUGUCUUGGGAGAUGUCCAGUUAUUUACGGAGGUCAGUACAAAACAACAGCUGGUUUUGAACAGCACAGCUGCAGUAGUGAUAUACAGAACAGCGGCUACAUUGGAUUUUGGUGUGAUUGGGGUAAAGAAGAUGGUGCUGUUAUGAUGAUUAGUGGAGGAGGAAGAAAUUGCAGCAGGGCAGACCAUGGUAUUGCAAUAACUGAGGAAAAUGCAGGAAAGUUGGGUUCAUUAUUAAUUACUCAUGAAUUCGGAGGGGAUGCAUCAAACUUUCAGCCUAAAACUUACUCACUAAACUUAUGGGUUCGCUAA